AUGUCUGCCUCAGUAAACCAGUCCGCGCCGAUUGACCAACCCGGCGCCUCAAAUUACAUCCUCGCCUUCAUUGCUGUAGGCUGCGCCUGGGGAUUGACAACGCCCUUUAUCCGUCGUGCUGCGCGCACGCACAGCCCCGCGCCGCACCCCAUCCUGGAGGCCGAGCACGUGCGAACCAGCUUCCUCCGGUCAAGGAUCUAUGGCGCCUUCUUCGCCGUAAUCGAUCUGUUGCGAAACCCGCGCUACGCCGUACCUCUGCUGUUGAACCUGACGGGUAGCGUCUGGUUUUUUCUGCUGAUAGGAAAUGCUGAGCUCAGCCUGACGGUGCCCAUUGUCAACACCAUGGCUUUCCUAUUCACAGUCAUUGGCGAGUGGUGGGUAGAAAACAAGGUCAUCAGCCGAGACACCAUGCUUGGAAUGCUUCUGUCACUUGGUGGUAUAGCAUUGUGUGUUCAAAGCAAACUAUGA